AUGUCUAAUGUAAAGACAAAACUAAAUGCUACAGAUUUACAAACCUUGCUGGAUAAAAUGGCGCUUAAGUUUGAAUCACUGUGGACUGCACCAGACCAAGCUUCAUCAUUCUUCAUUUCUCCAAAAAUCAAAGUAAAACAAAAUCGCCUGUCUGAAUUCUUACACAAUAUUUCAACCUAUUUGCAGAAUCAAGAACCUCAUGAGCAAGAAGAUGAAAGAUGGGACAAUCUAGUCACACAGUUUCUUCAGGUUCCCAAAGAAAGGUCUUCAGUACUCCCACUUUUCAAGCUUCAGGAUUUUCUUGUCUCGCUGAGAGGAAGUCAAAAUUGGAGCGUUCUCCUAAGCUUCAUACAGAGCAUUUUUAGAUCCAUUAGCAGCAACCAGAAUGCUGCUCAGCUUUUAGGACAGAACUGGGAAAUGCUCAGCAGGCUGCUGGACACACUCUUUCAAGCUUUCCUAAGCCGUACUAUAACUCAGACCAGCACUACACUUCAAGGAGUGUUAUGUGCCCUUAUGGGUCACCGUAACUGUGGUUUUCCCCCUGAACAGUUUGCAAGGCUCUUGGUGCCAUUUGAGGCCAAUAACUGGAAGCCAGUAGUAAAUGUGCAGUCUGGGAGUUCUGUUCCACCACAUGGGAGUUAUAGACCUUUUAGCAUGCUAGUUCAAUCCUUAAAAGACAAAAAUUCCACCUCUAGUAGGCCGAGUCCUGGGUCAGCAAAAGAGGAAGUUCAAAAUGUCUUAGAAAUAUUAUAUCGUUCCAGGGAAAAGGAAAAAGAAACCAAAACUGCUGAUUUAGACAGUGCGGCAGAGGAUGUUGUUUGGGAAGUAUUAGAAGAACUGCGCUACAGUCUCAUGAAGAGGAUGGAGAGGUCUGUAUAUGACAACUUGAAUAGGAAAGUGUCCCGAAUGGCAGGGACACUGAUGCAUAGAGUGUCUUCAGUAAUUGGGAUACCACAUGCUGAUCAGAAUGGAAGAUGCUCAGUUGGGAACCUGCAACAGCUACUCUUGUGGGGCAUAAAACACAAUAUUACUUGGAAUACGCAGUAUCUCGGAUUCACAUCAACAAGCUUCCCAUCAACUCCUCCAAUCCUGACAUGCAGUAAGCCUGCUGGGACAAUUUUGGCUGCAGCACAUAACAUUACGAAGCGGUCGCAGACUGAGUUUUGGGAAGAGUCACAAUCUUAUACUGAAGUAUUAGAGGCUGUAUGCAAUGACACAAUCCCCGGGCUACCUGGUGUCUCCAACUUCACAGUGUUUCUGUAUUGUAAUGUCUAUAAUGCCACAGGAUACUCUGUAGACACAUCGUAUGAUCUACAGGCCGCCUGCUCCGAUGCUGCCUGGUACCUAACAUUCAUGGAAGAAGAAUCUUUUUGGGUAUGGGUGUGCAAGGAAUAUUUCCCACUUGAAUUUAACAUCACUGUUUGCAACAACACAUCAUUUCCUGCACACAACCAAGAAUCGACAUUAAUGACUGACCUAUGCACUAAGGUGUACAACAGCUCCGAGAUGAUCAGGGAACUGAGGAACACCAUCCGGUGUUCAGACGUUUGGCAGGGAAUGUCCAUAAACUCCAAGGCUUUGAAAACAUGUCUAUUUGAGAAUAAAACUAUCUUGAUGGAGAAACUAUGCAGUAAUGAUUCCUUAUCUGGCAUGCCGGAAGACAGCAGAGCAUGGUUGUCCAGACUUUGUAAUAGACAGAUGGUAAAAACAAAGACACUCAAUAUAACUAGCUCUUCUUGCAAUUACAAGACAUGGGAUAGCAACACUUUCAGCAAUGGUACUUUGGUGGAAGAAUGUAAGGGGAUAAAUAUUCAAGAUUUUUCAGAUCUUGUGUGUAGAAACGCCUCUCUGUAUUUUGCCUUGAAAUCAGUUCAUCCUUGGGUUGUUGACCAUUGUUGGAAAAACAUUUCAUUAGAUGGCAAAUGUUUCCUUCAGAAACUUGCAGAUGUUCUCCCACUGUCUUCAAGCUUUGAUUCCUCACAGUUAUGCAGAAAUCCUAUUUCCUACAUCAUCGGCCUGGUUUCUCAACUCUCCCAGUGUGACAGUGAAUCCUAUGGCUGGGCUUCAAAUGUACAGUAUCUACUUAAGGUGCUGGAUUUUCUCUUCUCUCACUCAGGCUCGGAUCAGAUAGGUAAGGAAACAAGGGAUAGACUUGGAGAAGCCAUUCUUCUCUCUAGCCUGCUGGAUAAUAGCUCUUUCUGGACUUCUUUCAAGAUGAACUCCUCAGUGAGCAUCCUGCAUACUGUGGAAUUGUACCUAGAGAAAGAGAGCAGUGGAUCUGACAAGGAAGAUCUCCUUAGCUGCUUUAGUCCUGUGCUAUGGGACCUCAUCCAGAAGGAGGAAAAUGGCACAGCAUUUGAAAUUCUCCUCCAGGAAUAUCUGCAGAUGCCUAGAGAAGGUUUCCAGAAGGUGCUGUUAUCAGCAGAAAAUGAUGCAGUGGAACGUUUUAUCUCAUUAAUGCACCGAUCAUGGCCAAGAAUUCAGAUAACUCCUGAUGAGAAGGGUUUGGAGACCUUAACUUCAAUGGUGAUUCAGAAGUUACCACUCUUAACACCUCGGAUUUUCGUAGACCUUUCCCAGUUCAUUCCCUUCAUGUCCAUAUCUGACAUUGUGAGCUUCCCAAUAUCUCUUUUAGCCAACCAGAGUGUAUUAGAUGCAAUAAAAAUCCACAGUCAAGAAAUGAAAGUUGCUCAGAAGCGCGUUUUUGCUAAACAUUUCCUGCAAGCUGACAUGUUCGGUGAUGUCCCAUCAUGGCCACCACACUUUCUGCUGUCUACUCAACCACUUCUCCCGUACCUGCCAUUUUGCCACUUUGUACAGCUCAGCUCUGAUCAGAUUAAAUUGCUGGCAGAUGGCUGGAAAGAUGUGAACCUGGGGAUGAUACAAGGCCGUUUUGUGGCACAGAGCCUUAUGAACUCAAGCCAAGAUAUAGACAAAGUACAGAGGCUUGGUCAUCUCAUUUGUUACCUGACAUAUGAAGAUAUGCAACAGUUUCAGCCCUUCCACUACCCAUUAGGAACAGUGGAGAAGAAGCUGCUUGAAUGUGUUUCACAGGGGAGACUAUCCCACCGUGGACGACUGGCUUACUCCUUAGUGAGUCUACUGAAAAGGGUGAAUUUACAGGCACUGGACUUCAAUGAGUUGACCAGAUGGAGAAGUCUCCUACCUGAAAUGGGAGUCACAUUCUUCCAGUCUCUUCCAAGGAAUAAUGUUGCCUCUCUACUUCCUAAACUACAAGCAUCUGACCUUUCUACUGCCCAGGUUGCAGAGCAGGUGAUUUGUGAACUGCACUCCCUGCUUCCUGUCCUCAGCCCAGAGCACUUGCGCUCUCUCUCCACCAGUGUAUUGGCCAAAGCUUGCCGAUGUCUACAUACUUCUUUGUCUCUGUUGACGGCUGCUCAGAAAGCUGCCUUAAUGCAGUCAUUAAGGAGACAUAUCCAAGAUGUUGAACUCUGGCCUGAGCAGUUCUCCUGUCUUCUUCCCUUUGCGCCAUUGAAGCUCUUGCACUUGGACACACAGAUACUACUGCGGAACAUGAGCCUGUAUGGAGAAGUUGCUUGGAUGCCACAGCAGACUCAGUUCCUUUGGAGGAAGAUUCAGGCUGGUGCAAAUCUGACCAAGAAUACAAUCCUCAGCCUUGGAACCCUGGCUAAUGGAAUUGAAUGUGACAAUCUGCAGCAACUAAACACCCUGUCAGAAAUCAGAGAUGUGGUUAAGAUUCUUCAAGGGAUCCCUAGUGGACUGCGGAAAAGUCUUAGGAAGUGCAUCUUAGAGGAAAUUCAAAAGCGUCUUGAACUUUCCUGGGAAGACACGGGCUGGAUGGGGCCUGAAUUUAUCACUGAUCUUCCAGUAAAACUGAUUGAUAUACUUUCUAAUGAAUCAGUAAAACUGUUCCUGGAACAUGCUUAUAAGUACCCAAAAAGUUUCAUGGAGUUACCAUCUCAUAAGAAGUCUAUACUAGCUUUGAGAGCUCUUCAUAUCUUGCAUAUCCCAAUAUAUGGAGAGAUAACUUCACAAGACCUGGAUCUCUUGGGACCUUUAGUUGGGUUUAUUGGAGUAGAGGACAUUUCCCGAAUCAAUAGGAAACAUUUACUGUUCCACUUGGAAGAGCUGAAGUCAUACUGUCUGUCUGAAGAAUUCAUUGGACUCCUUGGACAGAUAUUAAUUGAAGACGAUCUGCUGGGGCACCCAACUCAUUGGACACAAACACAUAUACAACAGCUGGGAAGACUGAUCUUCUAUUUAACACCAGAAAGCAUUCAUUUUGUGCCCAAGGAUGUGUUGGGAAAAGAUACUUUGGAAUGGCUGCUGGAGAGUCAGAGAGAAUGGGAAGACAGUGAGAUUGGAAAGAUCUGUACCACAAAAAACUCUUAUGUUCAGGGGCAAACAAGGAGGAACAAAAUAUUCUUGGCCUCUUCUCUGACUAAAAGUGGUUUUAGAGGCAUUCGAGAGCCUAUUCCCAAAUGUGUUGACAUAAGGGUAACGUUCCCAUCGGCCUGGAGCCCCUCUCAGAUUACUGGCAUGUCUUUGUCAGAAUUUGAAGGCUGUUUGGGCCUUAUCACUCAAGAUUUGAGUUUUUCAGUUGAUCAAGCAAAAGCUGCUCUAGCAAAAGCAAAACAGGUGUUGGGUCCAGUUAAGGCUAUGAGUUCGGCUCAGAUUCUUCAGCUUGGUCACCUUGUCUCUUACAUGACUGAGAAAGACCUGAAUGAGAUCAAUAUAUCAGACUGGGGAGUUGUCUCUUUUAUGGGCAGGAUGGAAAAGUGGACUUGGAAACAGAUGAAAACAUUGGCAUUUAGUGUUCUUCGUCAGAACAAGAAAAGCUCAUCAGACCUGGAUCUUAUGGAGCUGACAGCUCUUGGACAUCUAAUCUGCGGCCUUGGAGUAGAGGAGUUAAAGAAAAUAAAUCCACAAGAGUUCAGCCAGGCAGCCGUGUUCAUCGGCACCCUAAAACUGAAAUGUAAUGAGGCUCAGAUGGAGACUUUGGCGGAACUCCUAACAUACAAUUCAGCAUUUGGUUUAGUUAGCAGAUGGGGUCCUGAGAUCUUCACCGAGAUUGGUACUCUUGCAGCUGGCCUCCCGGACAUCGUCCUUUCAUCUUUAAUAAGAGAUCAGAUUCAAGGAAUAACACCUGAUGCAAUCUCUCUUACUUCAGCACCCAAGUUUGCUGUUGUCUUCAGUCCAGCUCAGCUCUCCUGCUUUACCAGUGACCAGGCCAUAGCAGUCACUACUGAACAGUAUGAGCAUCUCAGCUAUCAACAACGGCAGGCCCUCUUUAGUGCUCAGUAUGAUGGGGACAUUCAUCAGGAUCCGCGAGGUACUAUUCUUAUUAAUACAUAUUGGACAUAA